UAAAUUUAGCUAGAUCUAGAUCUGUGAAAUGUACGGUGCUGCUGCGCUGUACAUAAUGGUUGCCGUGUUACUUUCGCAUGAUAUGACUUAGGGCUAGGGCAAAGUACAAGCACAAGUGUGAAGGACGGGACUUUGCAUGCUAGCGAGUUUAAUACCAGCUUCGCGUACAUACGCUGUUCACUACCGGCUGAUCUAUCUACAUGUAAUACGGCUACGACUACGACUACGAGAGUAUGCUAUGAAUGCUGAGAAUACUCCCUCUACAUAAUCUUACUAUUCUUAGUAGAUGUAAGGGUGGGUACACUAUUUGUUUAUGAAAAGCACAGGUAAUGACUAGUUACACAACAACCAUGGAAGAGUGUGCUACAAAGCCUCUAUCAAGACCCAACAGUGUUGAUGACAGAAGAACCUGUUGGGUUUGCUUUGCUACGAUUGAAGACGACCGAUCAGCGGAGUGGGUCAGGCCGUGCCGCUGCAAGGGGACUACUAAAUGGGUCCAUCAGAUGUGUUUGCAGCGCUGGAUUGAUGAGAAGCAGCGGGGUAACAGCAUGGCUAAGGUCAUGUGCCCUCAGUGCAAUGCAGAGUAUUCUAUCACAUACCCUGAACUUGGUCCUAUAGUAUACAUCUUGGACCUCGUGGACAGGUUUAUCUACAAGGUUUGCCCCUUCGCAGCGGGAGGUAUCGUUGUUGGAUCAGUGUACUGGACAGCUGUUACCUACGGCGCUGUGACCGUCAUGCAAGUGCUUGGACACAAAGAGGGUCUAGACGUGAUGGAACGAGCUGACCCUCUCUUCCUACUCAUAGGCCUUCCCACAAUCCCUGUCAUGCUCAUCCUCGGCAAGAUGGUCCGAUGGGAGGACUACGUUCUGCGGCUUUGGCGUAAGCAUUCUCCCAAGCUACCAUUCUGGAAUUACCUGUUCCCAGAGGAGAGCGUUAAGACGCCAAUCGUCCCCAGGAUCCCGACGGAGCCUCAGUCGAUCUCUGAUCCCAUCUCAGCUACUAGAGUCCUCUGCGGAGCGCUCAUCUUUCCAACUAUUGCUACUAUGUGUGGGAAGCUCAUGUUUAGCUCUUUAACAUCAAAUUUACAAAGAACAAUAUUGGGUGGAAUAGCAUUCGUCGCUAUCAAGGGUGCCCUGAAAGUAUUCUACAAACAACAGCAGUAUCUACGCCAGGUUCAUCGCAAGGUCCAGGACUUCCCUGAGGAAAGCCGGUAGCCUCAAUCAAUAAAACACUACUUCCUCGAUCCUCCAAGCUCUCAGCGGGAUCAUGCCAUGUAAACUCUUCCUAACGAGAUAACACAGAGAGGAGUGAUGCAUUACUCAUCCUAGAUUCCACAUUGGAUAAGUAGGAUGGGGUGAUUGUUACAUGUGUUCCAGCCACACCUUCUAGGAGUUAGAGUGGUAAUGUGGAAUCGUAACAGCAGUGAUACCAAAAUUCUGGAGUGAUGUCAAACUGAAGAAUGCGGAGCCAGGUACUACGCAGCAUCUUACAAGUGCUCCAAUCAGUCAACGACAUAGUAAAUUGCUUGCUGUGUAAAAUGAAAGCAUGACAUUUCAUAUCAUAAUCACUUAAAUAUAUACAUGUUUCCGUAGUUAUGACUAUUACAUUCACUUGGUACAUGUAAGAGGUAAUUGGGUUCAUGUAUAGCGCUCAUGUCUGUCAGAUUUUACACUCCUGGAUCUCCACAAUUAUUACCCCAGCUUUCGCAUGGCUGCCGUUAAGAUGCUCUAGCAUUUCAAGGAAUUAAUUCUUCACCUGGGUUGAGUGUGGCAAAUGCUGAUCAAUAUCUUGCCAACGGACAUUAGUGCUGCUGCGGGACUCUGGCCACUUCCUGACAUGCUCAAGCAAAUGUUAUACAUGUUCAAUCAUGUAUAUAUGUUUAUGCCAGUUACUAGUGAUGUGUAACCAUAACAAGGGUUAUUUGUCAUUUACAUAUUAUUACUUGAAACUCUAUACUAUUCGCAUAUCAUGCAAGACAGAGGUUGCUGUAGAAGACUAUCACAUAGCUACAGUAUCGUACUUUGAUGGUUCAAUGUGUUAAGUUCUUACUCGAGGCAUAUUCAUUUAGUACUGGUAACCCAGAAAUCGGUGGCUAAAUCGAAAUUGAACAAAGAAUUUGAUGUGUUCAAUUUUUUAUUACAGGCCUACAUAUUAUUAAAACUGUUAAACUCAGAAAUCAUUUACCACUUUGUUUUUAAAAAAGCAAUGGGGAAUCUGGUACAGUGCUAAAAGCAGUUUGGGAAUGAAUUUUCUGUAUACCCUGAAGGUGAUCGUAUGGUAGGAUUAGGAAGGAGCAAUAUUCCUAACAAGUGGAGAUGGUGCACAUCAUCUGCAGUACAUGAAUCUGAUUGACAUGAUAAAUAAUAUCUGUAAUGGAUUUCUACAUAAUGUAUGUGUAUUGGUUGGUUGGUUUGUUUUACCUGACUGCUAAGAAAGCAUGUGUAUGCUUGUAAGUGAGCAAUCAGGGGGAUGACGGCUUUAAGUCCUCUCCGAGGGACUUGGUAAUGAGGAUUAUUGCCUUACCAAAGGGCACUAGUGCAUUGAAUUAGUCUCGAACUCGGGACCACUGCUCUACCAGAUUAUUGUUUUAAUUACAUUGCAAAUGAUUGUCAUAUGACGAUGAUGUAAUUUGUUUUACAGAGACACCUGUUAUCAAUAGCGUUGUCAUCCGUUACAAAGAUAGGAAUAUUGAAUGAUGUACAAAAUAAGGAACUAGCUUGCUGGAGUUGUUCAUAGCGAUAUAAUAUGUAUAUAAACAUUUUUGUGUACAGUACGUGUUUGUAAAGUUGUAAAGAUUUGAUGAUUAUGUAAAUUAUUUAUAAUUUCCUCGAAUGUAAAUACAGCACGUCUUAUUGAUUUUAUGCUAGGAAGGAGGAAGAAGAAAAUCACAUAACGGACCUAUUAUCAUCAGCAGUCUUGUGGUUUAGGUUCACGACUAACACAGUCUAAUAGAGUAUCGAAGUACUAAUGUCAUAUGCGCUUGUCGCCCAGGUUACUGGUUCUUAACAACAGAGCCUAAGCAUGAGGUUCACCAAGAAAUCAUUCAAGCAAGGGACUGGAGCAGGGCAAAUUCAGUGUUUGGAGGUGGUGUGAUCAUCACACCAUUGUUUAGCACACAAAUUGUUUGGAACCAGCAACCUUAACAACUUGGCCAGAAUGACAUCACACUCUGGUACUUCUAUACUCUAGUCACACUGUCAGACUGACUUCAAACUAAUGGAUAUCCAGGAAACUUGGCAAUUUUUUUUUUUUUGAGGGGGGGGGGGGGGGGGGAGGGGGAGGGGGGGGUUGUCAUUUAGUCUGUUGAGUGUGAAUGAAGUGCCAUCAUCCUUAUGAAGUAUAUAGAUGGAAAUGAAACUUUGGAAAAAAUUAUUUGCUGAAAUCUUCCCUGUAUUUAUAGGGAAAGUGAAUGAAGUUGAAGAUGAGGUUGUGAAGAAAAUCUUUAAUCUAUCCAUUGUAUUUGUGUUUCAGUUCUGUAUUUGUGUUAUAGUUCUCAAAAUAUCUAACAUGGAGUUAUCAUGGCACAUGCACCAUAUUUCACCCAAUUAUUUUCUAAGAAAUAUUGUAUUACUUGGUUUAUUUAAGUAAAAGUUUAUCCAUAGCAAAAGCAUAUUUACUAUUCAUGUAUUAAAACUGUAAUAUACUUUAUGAUUGGAAUUAUUUCUAAAUACAAACGCACCAAAGCACUCACAUGCAUAGAUACACUAUACUGUAGGAGUUCUUAAUCGUGCACAUUUUCUAUGGCCUACAAGGCUACAUUGCUACUUGCAAUUCUAGUAUAUUUUGUUGUAAGGCUUCAUAUAUCUGUAAGCAUUGAUGUAUAGACUAAACAGAAAUCAAUUGUUUUGUCUUUUAAAGAUAUCAUAUAGUGUACAUGUAAGUCCAGAUUAUGAAUAAAGAUGAAUAUUUUUUUUCUUGGUACAUCUAAGUCUGAAUCAAUAAUAUUUUUUCUUUUAAAUCCAUUUUGAAAGCUAUAAGAGGCCAAUUACAUGUACAUGUACCUUCAUGGGUAUCUUUCUCUGGCUGGACACAUCUGGUUUUUCUUCUUAUACACUGUUAUCCUUAAUAUGGAAUUCUGUAUUUUUCAUUCAAGGUUUUUAAUGUUAAUCUACAAGAAUAGGGAUUUGUUAGUGAACUAUGAGUUGGACACUAUUAACCAGUAACCAUCACCCUUUAUUAAACACGAAGAUGGAUGGCAGAUUAAUUUUUAAGAUAUUCAAAUUUUUCAUAUGGGAUUUUUAUUAAAAAAUGCCUUGUUAUGCUUAUAGUUUUGUUUAUGUGUUUGUGGUCCGUACUUUCCUCCUAUAAAAAAUAAGGAAAAAAUAAACCUGUUUUACCCCUUAAAUCUACUAAAUUUUUGUAUAUUAGAAUCUUCAUUAAAAUAUCAUUAUUGAGAGACUUAUUUUAGAUUCAAUUGUAAUAUCAUUGAGUAGACUAGCCUGCUAAAAUGUUAUUUUUGUAUAAUUUUAUUAAGAAUGUGUUUAAACUUUAAAUACAACUAAAAUGGAGGUGAUAUCAAUAGCCCACGUUGUGAAUUUAACAUAGUGAUAUGGAACCUGUAGCCUACAGGACAAAGUAUCAAUUUUGUUGUGAUUUGUACCCUUUGACUUAUGCAUUUCCAUAUACAUUGCUUUUUAAAGAACCAUUAUUUUCAUUCAAGCUAAAGUAUAUUAUAUUAACAAAGCAAUACUGCAAUUUCAUCAAGAUCUGUUAGAUAUAUAAUGUAAUUGUAUAUGUAUAUUUAAAUCUAUAAGGCAUUAAAUGUGCUUUAUUUGCCAAUCUUUA